CCUGAAGCCGCACGUCACAAGCUCCGUACAGGCUACAUAUUUAUCGUCCUACAGCAAAAAACAAAACAAACAAGCAUCAACCCACCUAACUUUAAGUUUUCUUCUUUGGACGGGAGUUUCAAACUCACCAGAUGUCUCUGGCGGACGAGCUCCUGGCGGAUCUGGAGGAGGCUGGGGAUGAGGGGGAGGAUGGACUGUAUCCGGGAGGGGAGGAGGGAGAGAGCGAUGGAGAGGAAGCAGAGGGAAAGACGGGAGGGUUGGAAGACAUCCCAGAGGAGAUGGAGGUUGACUAUAGUGGAGCAGAAAGUGUGACAUCCAUAGCCAAGCUUCGCAAUAGCAAGCAGUUUUCAGAGAUUACGGACAAAAUUGCAGUAUAUGUUGGAAAGCAGCGCAAGAACUCAGAGGUGUCUGGCCCAGUUGAAGCAGACCCAGAAUACAGACUGAUCGUUGCAGCCAAUAACCUCACAGUAGAGAUCGACAAUGAACUAAAUAUAAUUCACAAGUUUACCCGUGAUAAAUAUUCCAAGAGGUUCCCAGAGCUCGAGUCCCUAGUGCCAAAUUCUCUAGAUUACAUCCGGACGGUCAAGGAACUAGGAAACAAUUUGGACAAGUGCAAGAACAAUGAGACACUGCAGCAGAUCUUAACUAAUGCCACCAUCAUGGUCGUCAGUGUCACGGCCUCAACCACACAAGGUGUUCUGCUCGGUGAGGACGAGCUGAAGCGGUUAGAAGAAGCGUGUGACAUGGCCCUGGAGCUGAACCAGUCUAAACACAGGAUAUACGAAUACGUCGAAUCCAGAAUGUCAUUCAUCGCACCAAAUCUGUCCAUCAUAGUCGGUGCAUCAACAGCUGCCAAGAUCAUGGGUAUCGCUGGAGGCCUCACCAACUUGUCUAAGAUGCCAGCAUGUAACCUGAUGUUGCUGGGUGCCCAAAGGAAGACCCUGUCAGGUUUCAGUAGCACCUCCCUGCUGCCCCACACAGGCUACAUCUACCACUGUGACGUUGUGCAGUCGCUGCCCCCUGACCUGAGGAGGAAGGCGGCUCGUCUGGUGGCUGCUAAGUGCACGCUGGCUGCCCGGGUAGACAGCUUCCACGAGAGUGCAGGCGGCAAGGUCGGCUACGAUCUAAAGGAGGAGAUCGAGAGGAAGUUUGACAAGUGGCAGGAGCCCCCCCCAGUGAAGCAGGUCAAACCUCUGCCAGCCCCACUGGAUGGACAGAGGAAAAAGAGAGGAGGAAGGAGGUACCGCAAGAUGAAGGAGCGUCUCGGACUGACUGAGAUCAGGAAACAUGCCAACAGGAUGACCUUUGCAGAGAUUGAGGAUGAUGCGUACCAAGAGGACCUCGGCUUCAGCCUGGGCCAGCUGGGGAAAAGUGGCAGCGGGCGUGUUAGACAGGCUCAGGUCAACGAGGCCACUAAGGCCAGGAUCUCCAAAUCCCUCCAGCGGACACUGCAGAAGCAGAGCAUGACGUACGGUGGAAAGUCUACAGUCCGAGAUCGCUCCUCAGGAACCAGUUCCAGCGUAGCUUUCACUCCUCUCCAGGGGCUGGAGAUUGUGAAUCCACAAGCUGCAGAGAAGAAGGUGGCCGAGGCUAACCAGAAAUACUUCUCUAAUAUGGCGGAGUUCCUCAAGGUUAAAAAAGAGGAGAAGAUGUGAUGAACACAUAUACACACAC